AUGACAAACUCCACGCACUUCCACAGCUGCAAUGUUUCUCCGUCGUCGGCGUUGUGCGACGCCAGCAGCUCCACCCUAACCCGAUGGUUGAUCGCCCCCUCCAGGCCGCCAUGGGAGCUGCAGCAGCUGCCUGAGUCUCACCUGUUGGAUGGCUGCAGACAGGACCGGAGUGACGAGGAGGCGGAGUCACAUGGGAAGCUCAUGCCAUGGAGGUCAAAGCCCCUCACCUGUCCAAGCAGGAAGCAAAACGAGCGAAUGGCAGAGCUGCAAGAGAGGAGGCGGAGCCUGCAGGUGCUACUGAGAGUCCGAUUGGCCGAGCUGAGGCGGAUCUGCCUCCAGGAGGCGGAGCUGACAGGUGCGGUGCCCAACGACUUCCUGGAGGCGGGCGAGAAGCCGCCUUGCGUCCGCAGACGAGCGGCGCCGACCCACCAGGGGAACAGGAAGUGUCGAGUGGAGCAGGAAGAAGAAGGCCAGCGGCCCAAACCCAGAAAGACGCUUUUCAGCGCCGCGCUGAGGAAACACAGCGACUCUGAGAACGGCACACACACUCACCACACACACCACGGCAAGAGGACGGUGCACCGAGGGUGCCACACAGACGACACGGUGAGAUCAGAGAGCAGCUCCACAUCAGACUCAGCAGGAAACGACAACGACAACGCUGGGUCUCAGUGUCGCCCCCUGCUGGUUUCUGCUGGAUCUCCUGUGGAUGUUUUCAACCAGAACAAACCCAAGAAGUCGUUGGUGCUCAGCAGGACUGAACACCUUGAGAAUACCAAGCCCCCUCCCCCGCCCCGUUCCCAGGACUCCUCCUCCUCCUCCGACCCGGGGCGGGAGGCGGGCUGUCGGGCGUCUCGCCAGAGCAACGGCUCCGACAGCCUCCUGACCCACAGCACCUCCCUGGAGGACGAAGGCGGGGCGCGGCAGGGGGCGCGGCAGGGGGCGCGGCAGGGGGCGCCGCGUCCUAACGGAGCCACUAAACCACCCGCGGCCCGAGGGGGGGGCUACAGCGAGGUUCUGCUGGACUACGUCUGGGAGAAACAGCGGCAGCUGCAGCGCCAGCAGUCGCAGCCCAGCAGGCCGGUCCACGGCGCCGGCUCCGCCCAGCAGCCCGGGGGAGCCCCGCCCAUCUACCGCAGUCACCACGGCGACCAGCGCAGAGUCACCGUCACCCGCACCAAGUCCUGUGGCCCGUUCCUGCCAGUGCAACAGAACCACAGUGACGUAACCAAACAGGCUCCGCCCACCAUCCAGCCAGACCCCCACCCCCACUUGCUGCCCCCCCGCCCGCCGCAGCUGCCCCCCCAGCAGGACUCCCAGCUGGAGGAGGCCACGCGAAGCCUCCACAAGGCCCUGGCCCUGGAGGGUCUGAGGGACUGGUACCUGAGGAACACCUUAGGAUCCAGUCAGGCCGGAGGGGUUGGCGCCCAGCAGCAAAGACGCACGGCCCACAAAGUCCUCCAACAGUCGACCUAUCAGAAUCAUCACUAUGUCGCGCCGCAUCACAAGCAGACGCUGCCGCACUCCGCCACGUUCCACGGACAUCCGCUGCACGGGAGGUCUGUGGACAGCUCGCUCUACCAGGACUCCUGCCCGUCCCAGAAACAGGAAGUUCCCCUCAGAGACUUGGCGGUGGACCAGCCGUCUCCUGGGACUCUGGUCUGAUCACCAGCCAAUCAGAGGAAGAGACUUGGACGGAACCGGUUCUCUGGGCCUUCUGUGACUGGGUGACGAUGACCCUGUUCAGAGACUAGCUGAGCACCCACACGCCCCAUGCACCUUAAAGACAGCUUCGCCUCGCAAAGACCUUCAUCUCCCCUGAGAGGGUCCACUAAGGAAGACCAUCUCCUCAUCAGAGUGUUCGGUGGUCUCUGGAGGAGUCACGAACCAGAACCAGGACCUGCCUGAACUCAGCAGAGGACCGAUGGUUUACCGCUGUUUGAGGGAACAGCGUUCAACUGGAGUCACUGGUUUGGGUCAAGAAGGAACCCUACACCAAGGGGCAAGAGUGCCUCACUUCUGAAGGUUCCUGGUCUGGAAAGUUUCCCAUUAGCCAGUUCUCGUAUCGCCACAGCAGGACUGUGGAGCGCCAACUGGUCCAAGUUCUGGGUUCCUGGUCCUCAGACUCUGCUCAGACAAUCUGCACCCCCCAAAGACAGAGCCUCACCUGGUCUCUGACAUCACCAGCUGACAUCACCAGCCCUGAUCAGCUCAGGCGUCUACCUAUUAAAGCCUCAGGUGAGUCCAGACCGGAAGCAUCAGGUACCUUUGCAGUUUGGACUCAGAAUCCAUGCACUAUGAAUCCAGCACUGACUUUCAUCCUCAAACCAGCAAGACUGGACCUGCAACAGGACUGGCCCGGCCCGAUUCUGGCCGGCUCAGACACUCGAGAUCCAGAAGUUCUUCAGGGAAACCGGGUCCAGGAGAAUGUUCUGACACAAUCCAGAUCUCCAACAACUUAGGAAUGUCAUUAGAACCUGGAGGAAAUUCUGUCCCGGAUCCAGACCUCCAUCUUCAUCUGUACCCGGGUCAGGACCUGAGUUCUGGGUCCGGGUCCUGGGCCCGGUUAACUUCAGGUCGUAAUCAGGAAGCAGGUUUAGUCAGAAGCAAUAAGAGGAGCUUCGGGUUUCACAUUUAAGAACUUCAGAACAAAAAAAUGAUCAGAACGACAAUCAGACAAUGAUGUCACAGCGGUGAUUGAUUUCAUCAUCAAUUGACUGUUUGGUCUUGUUUCUACAGAUCUGAUGUCAUCUGAUUUUAUACAAACCUUUGUUACUGAAAUGAUGUUUUUAAUGCAGGACAUAACUUUUAUUGAGAAUCAGUGUUCACGCACCUGUCCUCACACACACACACACACACACCCCUGUCCUCACACACACACACCUGUCCUCACACACACACACACACACCUGUCCUCACACACACACACCUGUCCUCACACACACACACACACACCUGUCCUCACACACACACACCUCUGUCCUCACACACACACCCCUGUCCUCACACACACACACACCUGUCCUCACACACACACCCCUGUCCUCACACACACACACACCCCUGUCCUCACACACACACACACCUGUCCUCACACACACACACACACACCUGUCCUCACACACACACACACACACCUGUCCUCACACACACACACACACACACACCUGUCCUCACACACACCCGUCCUCACACACACACACACACACCUGUCCUCACACACACACACACCUGUCCUCACACACACACACACCUGUCCUCACACACACACACCUGUCCUCACACACACACCCCUGUCCUCACACACACACACACCUGUCCUCACACACACACACACACACACCUGUCCUCACACACACACCCCUGUCCUCACACACACACACACACACACCUAUCCUCACACACACACACACACACACCUGUCCUCACACACACACACACACACACCUGUCCUCACACACACACCCCUGUCCUCACACACACACACACACCUGUCCUCACACACACACACACCUGUCCUCACACACACCUGUCCUCACACACACACCUGUCCUCACACACACACCCCUGUCCUCACACACACACACACACCUGUCCUCACACACACACACACCUGUCCUCACACACACACACACACACCUGUCCUCACACACACACACACCUGUCCUCACACACACACCCCUGUCCUCACACACACACACACCUGUCCUCACACACACACACCUGUCCUCACACACACACACCUGUCCUCACACACACACACACACCUGUCCUCACACACACACACCUGUCCUCACAUAGACACACCUGUCCUCACACACACACACGCACCUGUCCUCACACACACACACGCACCUGUCCUCACACACACACGCACCUGUCCUCACACACACACGCACCUGUGCUGUUCCACACCUGGACCCGUGUUCUCCAAGAAACUUGAGACAAAGUAGCUGCGUGGCAUUUAAUGUAAUUUUAAUUUAAUCGUUGUGACUCUUUUUUUACUUCAGUCAGGAUUCAUUUCUGUCACUGGAGACAUUUUUGUUUGUUUUUUUGUCUUUGUUUUGUGUUCACAGCCAAGUCUGGAGCUGUUGAUUUAUUUUAAAAAGAUAAAAAAAUACCAAGACGUUCUAGUUUCAAACACAUGAGAGGAUGAGAGUUUAUUUUUAGCCUUUGGUUCCCCCUCCUCACCAGCAGAUGGCGGCAAUGCUCCACUAAGUUACUGGCAACAACCAUUGAAUAGCUUAGGAAUCCCAACCCGACAAAACAGCGUCAUGCCUGGCGACGGGGUCAACCACACUUAGCGACGGGGUCAACCACACCUGGCGACGGGGUCAACCACACUUAGCGACGGGGUCAACCACACCUAGCUACGGGGUCAACAUUGGAGUAGGGCCAGUACUUUUCCAUACCUGCUGUGUUCGCCUCACCUGUGCCUGAGGUUCUGUUCUGGUCCAGUUAGUCUACUGGGUCGCUGCAGCUCAGACAUCUGAAUUUUCUUAAGAUGAAACAUUUUUGUUAAAACCUCAGUCAGUCAUGAUGAAGACAAGCCCCGCCCACUCUGAUGCUGCUGCCCUCCUAUUGGUUGGCCACUGAGGUGUUUGGUUCUGGUCGUGUAACCGCAGCUGGACGCGCUUCCUACCCAGAGCAGAACCCGAGGACCUGAUACUGGUUCUGCUGACAGCCCAUAACCAGCCGGUACCAGUCGGUAUCAGCUGGGAUCCUGCAGGAGUUCUGGUCUGGUCGGGAGAGGAAGCGGGAUCCCGUUCGGUUCUGGCGGUGUGUGUGCUGCAUGUUCUCAGUCCAAUCAGAACCCGUUCAGGAACGUGUGUUCUGAAAGCUCCAGAACCGGACCCGUCCGGUACCGCAGCAGCUUCUGAGAUGGACUGAAUGUUUUUGUAGUUUUUGUGUGUAAAUAAAAUGUGUGAAUACG